AUCUGAGAUCAGUUCGCCCUGAAGUGUCUGAUCUGGAGUCUGGAGUCUCAGCUCCAAGUUUCUCAUAAGAAAAGAGAUGUUUUUGAUGCUCAGAGGAAUACCGUACCGCUGCUCGGUCUGAAGCUGCAGGGGAAUACAGGGGGCGAUCAGAGAUACAUUAAAUCUCAGCUCAAUCCCACUCUUUUUUUUUCUUUUAUAACCUUUAUUCUUUUAUUACUAUUAUUUUCUAUUUUUCAUUGUCCGUCACUUUUACUGAGCCAAGGGAGAUCCCAAGGCUGCUCCAAGAUUCUGGUGCCUUUCACUCUCAAAUAUGCAGCAUGCCUUAACAAGACCAGGGAGUCAUGUUUCAACAGCUGGUGGACGUCCCUCUUGAUUUUCCACAUCAUCCAGACACACAUGUGCAGCGCAAAAGGACUCGGCGCCAGCCCCCAGGGUGCUCCUCAGCCUAAGUGAUGCUGUUGCAUCUGAUGCUGAUCUAAUCACCAUCACCUUCUGGAGACUGGUCCCAGAGCAGUGGGCGAACAGCAUUAACCUGCAUGCAGAACCAGAGCCACCGACUGGCCAUCUGAUCUGAAUCCUGGGCCUAAAACUCAACCAGCAUCAUGAUUGACCUGAGCUACCUGACAGAGGAGGAGCAGGAGAUGAUCAGGACGGUGCUGAAACGAGAUAACGAGCUGAAAAAAAAAGAGGAGCAGCGAAUCAAGAAGCUGCAGAAAACGGAGGGAGACAAGCGCAAGCUGAAGUAUCUGACUGGAGAGUGGUUUUACGAGACCAAGUCCAACCGGCACAGAGACAGGAUCCACGGCUCCGACAUCAUUAGAGCCUCAAUGAGACACAGCCAACCUGUGACCAUACUGGAGCUUUCUGAAAUCUGUCCAGAGAAGCCUAGCUUUUUAAACAGCAAGAGCAAGGAUGUCUUUAUCCCACCAGAACUCUGUGGAAUUUUAGAAGACUUCCCAUCAUGUGAUAAAAGAGAGGAUCACUAUCAGUUGGCAGAAACUCAACAAAACACAUGCUCGCCUACAGCACAGCCUCAAAUCAAGCCUAGACUGAACCCUUUCAACAGUAAGCUUUUAAGUGCUGGAUCUCCAAAAAAGACCAGCGGAGCUGAGGAGACCCACCUGGUACCUGCAACUUUGAACCAGACACCAAAAGACACACUUCUGAUAACUGCAUCACAGCAACAGCAGCCAGCUGCAGGACCACACACAACACCUACAAAAUUAGACCAAACAUCUGCAUCUGAGUCAGGCCAGACACCUGCUCAGGAGUUGCCUCCAUCAGCUGUUCCCCUUAACACUUCUCAAAACACAGACUCCCCCAAAAGCACCCCAAGCGCAACCAGGCAAUUGGCAAAAAAGAAGCUGCUGCUCUAUUUUUCUCAUGACUCUGUGCUGAACACCACCAGUGACCCUGUCUCCAGACAGGACAUGUCCCCAUCCCCACGAGGCAUUCUGAAGCACAGCAGCUCCAGCGGUAGCUUCACUGACUCUCUCUCCCUCCGAAACAGCUGUAGCUCUCAACCCACAUCUCCUCUUAGCCCUGAAAGCUCAGACAACUCCCACAGCCCACCUCUGUCCCCCAGCUCAGAUUUGUCCUCGUCAGGGUGUCUAGAUAGGAAGCAGGUACGCUUCUCUCCCAUUGUCCAGGCCAGAGACACUGGGAGCCUGGAGGCCCAGGACACCAAAGAGCAUGGUGAGCAUGGCCUGCUGGACCAGGACGCCAGUCCAAUCUAUAACCAGGAGGGGGAGCCAGAUAUGGUUAAAUUUGCAGCUGAAACUGCAAACACAAGCACUCUGCCAGAAAACACAGAGAACAGCCUAGUGGGGUCUCAGCCAGGUCCUCAGAUCAGUACACAGCCCAAUCCCAUAGAUAAGCCUGACUCAACCCCUCCUGAGUCCUCUGUUCUGAGCUGUGAAAAAGUAGGUGAGUUCCUUGCUAGUGGAAGCUGGAGUGAUGGCAGUGCUGCCUUUACAACAAGUAGGUCAACCACCCAGAUCCCCUUUGAUCAUCAUGGCAACCAUGCUGAGCCUCAUUCCUUGCAGGUGCCUAAGCCCUAUUCUACUCCUGUGGAGAAAGGUAAGGCCAUUCACCUUAGCCCAGAGGGCCAGGCUCAUACGCUAACAGAGGAGGAAGGCAACUCCAUUGUUAAGGUACUUGAGUGGUUCGGAAGGGUUUCUAAAGACAGCAGCAAAGUAAAGGAAAAACCUGCUUCUCCAGAGGAUGCUAACAAAGAGGUUCCUGAGAGUCUUGAUACUCAAGUCACAGACACUGCAUCCCCCACACAAGAAGAAGCAAAGGCGAAGCCAUCGCCAAAGCCUAGGCGGGGGCUACUUGCACUGUUUUCAAGAACGGAGGCAAAAGUUGAGAGUCCCAAAAAUGUGGCAACUCAAGAAGAUGUGGUAUCCAACUCUGAAAACAUAAUUUCUCAAGAGUCCAAACUUCCUCAGACACCUCCAAACUCUGAGGCUGAUGAUAUAUCAGAUUUACAGAGUUCUUUAAAGCUGAAUGUUGUUACAGAACAAGAGACAAGUCCACUACUUUUAAAAACAGAAGACAGUGCUAAUUUAGACAAGGAAUCCGAUGAAAUCACCAAGCAGAAAGAAGGUCUAGACCAAGGUGAAAGAUCACCAAAUCGACUUGACAGCCUGAAAUCUUUCUGGGAGCGAGGAAACAAAGGACCAAAAAUUUUAAGCAUCAAAAAAAGUACAGAUUCAAAUCAUAGUGAGAUGCCUAAUAUGAGUGAAGAUGAAAACAAAGCCAUGGACCUCAAGCCACCAGAGGUUCCUAUCAGCCCAUCAACAGUAAAAACCCUUUCUGAGAGCAGUGAAGCACCAGACGAGAUGUUGUACACAUAUGUCGAUUCUUUGGAAUCAGAUAAAAUUAUCAGACAAGGAGCUGAUUCUUCUUUUUUACCAUCUCAUGAGGAACAAUCACCAACUUUUGAAAUUGAUCAGAUCCCACAGGAACCAUGUAAGAGCCAGACAACAGCAGAGGAGUCCCAAAGUUCACCAGUUAAACAGAAAGAACAGAAGGAUGAAAUUCUUCCGCCUGUGCCAUCAAUCAGAAAGUUCCCAACUCAGGAGAACACAGAACCUGUCACCUUCAGCAACCUUAAGUCCUUGUGGGAGAAAGAGAAAAGUGGUCCUAAAAUACUUAUCAGCACCACUGAGUGUGUACAAGCUGUACACGAUGUACAAGACAUCAGUGAUGUGGAGUCUCUAGACAAUAAUUCUAAAAGUGUCAACGAGACUCACCUGAAUGUGGCACCUCCUAGUCCUGAUCCAGUGCAAGAUCCUAAAAGAAGGAAGUCCUCUCUGACCAGAGAAGCUGAGAAGAUUAUGCUUUCUUUGAAGGAAAAGAUAGAAAAAAGUCAGAGAAAGCAAAGUCCCGGCAGAGUUCGUGCGAAGAGUCCUCUUCGUGGGAUGUCCCACAGCCCCGACCAUGUUUCUCCAUUUAAGCCGCCCAAGUCAGUUUCAGAAAAAGGCAAGAAGCUCAGUCCACGAUUAUCCCCCAUCAGAAAUGUCAGCUCUGAUGUUCAGGAUCAUCAGUCUGCAGAUGAAAACCUCAACAAAGUUCAACUCAGUCCAUCUCAGUCCAAAACUACAAGCCCAAAGAACCAACCCAAGGUGCCACCAAGAGAUGUAUACCCAGUCAAAGAGUCUAGAAAGAAUGGCUCCCCAUUGAGAGCCUUUAGUAUUGAUAUAAACCCAACUGAGAAAACACCAGUGGACUUUCUGGAAAACAAGAGACCUAGUGUAGAGUUUCCCUCUGUGAAGUCACUCAUAGAUCAUUCUGGUCCCAUCAGUGACAAGAAGAGCCAUACUAAGCACCCUGAGGAGCAUGUCAUGCCCAUUUCAGGAGAGACAUCUGAACCAAAUCCACAGUACCAGCUUAUUACUUCGCAACAGUCUCCAUCAUCUCUAGGGAGGUUCCAAACCCCAGGAGGAACCAAGUUAGGUAAUAUAAGUGGAAUCACUCCAUUUCAUUCUUCACCUAAAUCUCAUGGUCAAACAUCCGCCCACCAAAUGACCUCACCUGAACACCACAGAAAGUUAUCAGAUCAAGGUACUGACGGAUCACCUAUCAUGAUCAGAGAUAAAAAGCAGUGGAUUGACCUGCAUCCAAGUAUUCGUCUAGCCAGAUCUUACAUUCCUCUGAGUUAUCAGUAUUACCUGGGCCUGCCUGAGUCUACUAACAAAUCUGCACGCUCAGACCAGCCAGAGAAGCAGGAGUGGCUGAGAGUAGAGUUAGGGGAGAGUUCUGCUGAGGUGUUCCAGGGUAGGGUGAGCAAUGAGAGCUCGCCCUCUCGAUGCUCCCAGCCUGAGUCGGAGGAGAUCACCUUUGAUUCCUCUAGGAGUGCCUCGCCCGAAGCCUGGCUUCAGUCUCGGACAAGUUCAGUCUGUGGCAGCGUGGAACCCAGUCCUGUAAGAGCAGUCUUGAAGCAAGCAAAUGUCAGACCCAUUUCUAUAUCCAAGAGCUUAGAGAACCUGGCGAGUCUGCCAUCACGUGAAGAAAGGCGAAAAAUUGAGUCAAGGAGUGAUAUAACAGUGAGCGUGGAGGAUGUGUCUGCAGGCCUGCACGUUCCCGGCCCCUCUGUUUCAGACCCAGAGCAGAUGAAGAUGCUGAGUGUGUCUGUGCCAGCCUUCAUACAGCAGCAGAGAAGUGGCAGAGAAAGCGACAGUACCUCGGUCAACAGUUUCUACUCUGAAAGACAGAGGAAAGACAGCACCUAUACUAACCUUAGCAGCUCUUCUGACCUCGCACCGUAUUCUGUCAGCGGCAGUGUGAUGAGCAUUUAUGGCACUGACUUUGGCAACGUGGAGGUCAAGGGGACCAUCCAGUUCGCCAUUAACUAUGUGCAAAAACUAGCAGAGUUCCACAUCUUCAUUGUCCAGUGCAGAGACCUGGCAGUGGCGGAGCCUAAAAGGAACCGUUCUGAUCCGUAUGUUAAAUGUUACCUCUUACCUGAUAAAGAAAAACUGGGGAAAAGGAAAACGUCAGUAAAGAAGAAGACUCUGAAUCCCACUUACAAUGAAAUCUUAAGGUUUAAGAUAACAUUGGAUAAUCUGAAAUCUCACACUUUAAACCUGUCCGUGUGGCACAAUGACACAUUUGGAAAGAACAGCUUUCUUGGUGAGGUGGAUGUGGAUCUUUCAGAGUGGGACUUCAGUAACUCACACAUGAUGGACUAUGCCCUGAAAGGACGAGUUCCAGUCCAGUCAAGUCCAAAGCAUGUCAGCCAAACGUUGGAACUGAGUGGGGAGAUGAGGGUAGCUUUGCGUUUCCUUACACAGACAACUCAAAGUAAAAAGACACCCCAAAAUGGUGAGGUACAAAUCUGGGUAAAGGAAUGUAAGAAUCUGCCGGCCAGAAGGGGCACCAUAGACCCCUUUAUCAAGUGUGCAGUGCUCCCAGACACCGCCCGUAAAGGUAGGCAAAAGACUCGUGUGGUGAAAAGGACGGCAAACCCAGUGUUUAAUCACACCAUGGUUUAUGAUGGCCUCAGACCAGAGGACCUGAGAGAGGCCUGUGUGGAGCUCACUGUGUGGGACCAUGACCGGCUCAGUAAUCACUUCAUAGGGGGCUUGAGGCUCGGUCUUGGAACAGGAAAAAGUUAUGGUUCUGAGGUGGACUGGAUGGACUCUAAUACUGCUGAAGCUGGGCUGUGGAAAAGAAUGACUGAAUCACAGAAUGAAUGGGUGGAAGAUGUAAUUCCUUUGAGAAUGCUGAUUAUGGCAAGAACUGUGUCCAAAUAGUAUUGAACCUAUUAAAAAAAAAAAAAAAGACUGACCAAAUCGCAGGAUGUUCGAAAGGCAGACAGAUAUAGCCUACCUAAUUUGGGAUGAAGUUAAAUACUAACACUAGAUAAGAAAACAUGUAUAUUUCAUCUAUUCUUGUAAAAUAAACAUAUUUUCUGUAUUUUGCCCAAUAACUAGAGAAGUUUUACAACUCAAUCCUGGGUUUGAUUCUGGUGUUAAUUAUCUAAAUGAACCUGAUGAUCUUUUAAGGGGAUGCAGAGGAGGAUGUUCUACUUAUUUUUGGAUUAUUUUAUGAAAACAAAUGCAAUUAAAAUUAUAUGCUUAAGCAUCCUAAAAUAAUACUGUAAACUUUACCUGGUAAUUAAGUUAAAUAAAUAUAUUUUUAAACGUC